UUGCAUUUUCUCUGAUGUUUAAAUUCGUUGAAUAAAUAGUAUAUAUCUCUCUGGAUGUCAAUUUCGCAUUUAAUGUUUUGAGUUUCCAUCGUAUUACAAGUAUCACCCCAUUCAUCGUAUCAGUGUAUCACCCUCAUACACAAAUAUUUUUCUUCGUUCGCUUCAUAAUAUUAUUGAUCUUCUCACAUUUACUGAUGUCAAGAGUGUUACUGAUCUCAUCAUCAUGUGUUCUUGUUUUACUUCUGUGUUUUUCACAAGAAUGUUUAUGUAGCGGUCGACAUCUAAGAAGUAUUGACGAUCAUGCCAUGGACGUCGACAAAGCAAAACUUCCCAGCCAUUCAACCAUCAAGGGUUUUGGGAACAAACCGUUGACCGUUCAUGAUGAACUUGACCACAAAAUGAAUGAAGAUGAGUAUCAGAAGCAAAAAGGUGAUGGAUCAAAGCACAAAAAAGACAUGAUUAAAGACCAAAAAGUGAAGAAAGUUAAAGAAGUUGAUCCGAAGUCUAUCACUUUUCGAGUUCCUGUGGAGCACCAAAAGAUCCAUCAGCAACCUGGUUUUAAUCUUGACUACUCUCCGCCAAAGACACACCCUCCUAGUCACAACUAAAGAUCGAUAUAUAUAUAGUUGCAUGAUCUCAUGUUAUAACUUUCGUUGUGAGAAAAAGGGAAAGAAUGAGUUUUUUUAUUUGUUUAAAUAUAUCCAUGAUACAAAUAUGAUGGAAAACAUGUUUUGUUUAGGGUUUUAAUUAGGGUUUGAGUAAGCCUCAUGAUCUUAG